AUGGUCACUGGAAUGCCAACAAAGUUCUUGGUGUUCAACAGGUUGUUUGACUGUUGCUUUCUGGCACACUCAAUUAACAGUGCACCAGAGCGAGAAAGAGGACAAGGAGCGGAGGGAAAAGGAGAAAGAAGACAAGGAGCGGAGGGAAAAGGAGAAAGAGGACAAGGAGCGGAAGGAAAAGGAGAAAGAAGACAAGGAGCGGAGGGAAAAGGAGAAAGAAGACAAGGAGUGGAGGGAAAAGGAGAAAGAGGACAAGGAGCCGGAGGGAAAAGGAGAAAGAGGACAAGGAGCGGAGGGAAAAGGAGAAAGAGGACAAGGAGCCGGAGGGAAAAGGAGAAAGAAGACAAGGAGCUGAGGGAAGAGGACAAGGAGCGGAGGGAAAAGGAGAAAGAAGACAAGGAGCGGAGGGAAAAGGAGAAAGAAGACAAGGAGCGGAGGGAAAAGGAGAAAGAAGACAAGGAGAGGAGGGAAAAGGAGAAAGAGGACAAGGAGCGGAGGGAAAAGGAGAAAGAGGACAAGGAGCGGAGGGAAAAGGAGAAAGAAGAGAAGGAGCGGAAGGAAAAGGAGAAAGAGGACAAGGAGCGGAGGGAAAAGGAGAAAGAAGAGAAGGAGCGGAGGGAAAAGGAGAAAGAAGACAAGGAGCGGAGGGAAAAGGAGAAAGAAGAGAAGGAGCGGAGGGAAAAGGAGAAAGAAGACAAGGAGCGGAGGGAAAAGGAGAAAGAAGAGGAGAAAGAAGACAAGGAGCGGAGGGAAAAGGAGAAAGAAGAGGAGCGGAAGGAAAAGGAGAAAGAGGACAAGGAGCGGAGGGAAAAGGAGAAAGAAGAGAAGGAGCGGAGGGAAAAGGAGAAAGAGGACAAGAUAAGACGACAGAGAGAGACGAAAGAAGAAGGAAAAAUCCAAAUUUAA